UAUGAGAUAGGAGAUAUGAGUGAGAUAUUGAAGCUAUUCCCAGAUGUGAGAAACCACUGAUUGUAGGUUUGAAGAAUGAAGUUUGAUGGCGCCAGGUGAAUUGACGGUACUAAAAUCGGUGCUUAGGUAGAUAUGGAAGGAAAGACUACAAAUACUGGUUUUGGUGAAAUACACGCACAUGAAGCGAUUACAAUCACCCCACCCACCAUAAGCUUCGAUAGCUCAAAUACAUGAGCUGCUUUCUAUCAAUGCGUCAUCAACUUUCACAUGGAACAGCAAGCCCACUGCCAUUACUCAAGGAUCUCGCCACUUUAUUCAAAAGCUGCAUAUACAUACAUCUCAACCGUCAACAACUUAACAGGAAAAUCAUUCAAAAUAGCUUCUCAAGCCUCUACACGUCUUUUGCGUCUCGCUCGCACAAUGUCUACAUCAACAACCACGCCAGCAUCCAUUGGUCCCGCCCCAUGGCGCCCUCUCUUUCUAUCCCAUCUCUCAAAGAUGGAUUCACCAGAAUUCGUUCUCUCAUCAUUGCACCCAAGUAACGAUAAGGAUUCUCCAACUCCCUAUCUUCCCCGAGCUCGCUACUGUAUUUACAGAGGGAUGUGGGCUGAGCUUCCAGAGAACAAACGCAAUGAAGCUCCUUUGAACGAUCGAGUCUACGAGAGUGAUCUCCCAACUUUCACUACAGAUGUGCGGAUGGAGAAGGUUCCGGAGAUAUUUGCCAGUUCGCAGGGUCAUGGUGAGGUUGAACAGAGUCAGGGUAGUGGAGGUGGUGGACCUAUUGAGGCGGUAUUUUGGGUCAAGGAGGUUAUGACACAAUGGAGAAUCAAGGGUGAAGCAUAUACCGUUGGUCAAGACAUCGAAGGAACGGGUCAAGAAUCAAGUGGAACACGAACUGUGAAGACGAAGAUCGGAGAGAGAAUGAGAGUUGUGAAGGAAGAUGGAAAAGAGAAUUGGAGCUGGGAUAAGGAACUCACGGCACAUUUUGGCAACCUGAGUCCGGGGAUGAGAGGUAAAGUUUAAAUGGCAAUCAGAUGAACUGUCCGACUAAUUUUUGAUCUAUAGGCAGCUUCAAGAAUCCCAUCCCUGGAACUCCUGUUUCGCAACUCCGAAGCGAUCCUAAGUGGGCUUUGGGUCAAAAGGUAUCAGAUCUAAACGAUGAAGCUGCCAGAAAGAAUUUCAGGGUUGUCAUUAUCAAACCCAUUGAAGUCGAACAACUUGAUUUGACUGAACCUGACAAAGCAAGAAGAUGGAGGUUCACUUACAUUGGCCCCAAUGGAGAUGCGGGAGAGGGAGCGGAGAAGAUUGGCGAAUGGAAGAAAGAAGAGCUUUGGCCAUAAAUUAAUUAGAUCUUCGAUUCAGCAAUGAUACAUACUACUAGCAUGACUCUGCCGCAAUAAAAUAUUCCAAAUCCAGCUUC